CUUGAGCCAGAUUAUCAAUACUACAAAAGAUAAAAGUAAAAUCCAAAAGCAACUACCUGGGGGAAUAAGAGAGAGACCACAGCCAAGGAUGGCAUCAACUGUAGUAGCUAUCACCAAGUAAUAGCACGAGAUUAGAAAGUAUGUAGCUGUAGGGUUGAAAGGAAGAGCCUGAGCUCACAGUUAAGGUCUCCAGGAGAAGGCUUCACACCUCUAAGUAGUGUGCUUCGAGUGUGGGCAGAAUCUUAUCUGUGGGAGGUUUGUAAGCCAUGCUGACUUCCGAAUCCUCAGGUAAGUAAAUAGAUAUUAAAGAGAUAUAGAUAUCUAAUAGAGACUAUUAGAUCAUCUCUAUGUUGCGUUCAUACAUGUGUGUAUUUGCGUGUGUCCAAACACACUCAGACUCUUUAUCCGUCCUUCUCUUCACAAGCGAAAAGCCAAUGAUUUUAAGCAGUAACAUUGCUCUCACCAUGUUCCCUAGCUCUCCUAAGAACAAGAACACCUCUGAGCAAUUCUUCCUAUUAAUAGACCUUCAUUCAUGUUUGUACUAGCUAGGUAGGAAUGGGGUGUUGUUUUUUGAAUUUUCCUCUCCAGACAUCUGUGAAUGGAACCACACCCUUUUGUCUUUUACUUUUUUUCUUUUAACUCUCUGCUUUUCCCCCCUAGCCUGUUGGAACAGUAGACUUCCUGUUCUGCUUGAUUUUUUUUUUUUUUUUAAAGCAUUUUUGCCCGUGUGCCUAGCACAGUAAGCUUGUGUUUCCGUGUAGCGUAGCUCACAGGUAGGGAGCUCGGGCAGCCUCGAUCCAUCCUCUGGUCUGAACGCAGAGACCUCUGUGACAGCACAAUUAAAAGGUGCCUAACACAUUCCUCUACAAACUGCAAAAUGCAGCACGCCGAAUAACAAGCAGGACAGCUUCUAAAGUGACCACUGUUGACCAGUCUCCUGUCCUCAGCGUUCGUGCGGUAAGCUUGUAGUGGAUUUCCUGGAAGGCUGGUGUGAGUUGACUUGAAACAUGGGACUGUGGAUGCUCCUCAAGCUUGUGUGAUUCUAUCAAGAACCUUUGACGUGGUCCUCCUCACGAGCACAGGGAGAAGAUGCCGAGACUGGUGGCUACAGAUGUCUUCAAUUCCAAAAAUCUGGCCGUUCAGGCACAAAAGAAGAUCCUGGGUAAAAUGGUAUCCAAAUCCAUCGCCACCACCCUGAUCGACGACACCAGCAGUGAGGUGCUGGAUGAGCUCUACAGGGUGACCAAGGAGUACACCCAGAACAAGAAGGAGGCAGAGAGGGUCAUCAAGAACCUCAUCAAGACGGUCAUCAAGCUGGCUGUCCUCCACAGGAACAAUCAGUUCAAUCAAGACGAGCUGGCAUUGAUGGAGAAGUUCAAGAAGAAGGUGCACCAGCUCGCCAUGACGGUUGUCAGCUUCCACCAGGUAGAAUACACCUUUGACCGCAACGUGCUGUCCAGGCUGCUGAACGAGUGCCGAGAGCUCCUGCAUGACAUCAUUCAGCGCCACCUGACCGCCAAGUCUCACGGACGGGUUAACAAUGUCUUUGACCAUUUUUCAGAUUGUGAUUUUCUGGCUGCCUUGUAUAAUCCCUUUGGAAAGUUUAAACCUCACUUACAGAAACUUUGCGAUGGCAUCAACAAAAUGUUGGAUGAAGAGAACAUAUGAGCUUGCGAAAUAAGAUGGUGACCAGCCAUGAUUUAUGUGAAGCAGAGCACUGAUGACUCAUAAAGAGAAGACAGAGCAUCUUUUAGACACCACUUGGAUUUCAGAAAGGCUUGGCCCCAUACGACCUGUUGUUGUUGUUGGACAUUAAUAGUAGUACUUCUGUGUGGCUUGUUGAAUUUGAAAGAAAGAAAAAAGCGUGUUGUCAAAAAUUCUGGCUGAAAAAUGUCUUAAUGAAUGGCAGGAUGUGGGGAAAAUGGACAGUUGUUCAUUCAGAUGUCGAGGGAUACAAAGACAGAUGAGUGUGGCCCCAGGCGCUGGCACUGGUGUGUUUUAGGGAAAUCGUGUUGGUGGCACGUUGAAUACUUCUAAUAUGUAUAAAGCUAUGUGUCUUGACUCACCUUGAUCCUUUGCUAUGUCUGUGUAUAUCUCUUAAAAUGCCAAGAACCUCUCUUUGCUGUCAUUGAUCCUUUUGAAAGAAUUUUGCUUCUUUGGUUACAGAUUGCCAUCGAUCUCCAGGAAUUAAAUCUGAGACAGUCAGACCCAGUGCUCAGGAAAGCAGGAAGUUGCGCAUCUGAAAUCAUGACUGUGGAAAUGAACAAUCUUAGACAUCAUGAGCAAUGUCCAUUGCAAGAGUGUGCUUUUGAAGCCGAGUUCUACCUUUUAGUACCAUCCGUGAUACUUAGGCUCUCAAAACUAGUGGCAUGAUAGUGCCUUGAAAUACUUGCUUAGGGCGUAAGUUUGAUGUCAUCUUGAACAUGUACUGACAUGUUCCAGUAUUAACAUCCAUUUCACCUGUAGGAAGAAUAAAUCUCUAGAUUGGCUUUGAUAUUGAGACAAUAAAAUGUAAGUAGUAUUUCAAAAAGAAAAAAAUUUCUUGAAUUUAAAGAUGAACUCAUCAGACUGAUUUAGGGGUAAAAGGGUAGAAAGGAUAUUGCUAAGUAACAUAAGAAAGAUGCAUGCAUUUCAGUGUGUAACGGGGAUUGAUGAAUAAAAGAUGCCAUUUUUUAUUUAAUGA